AUGAAGUUCUACUAUCAGGUUCUGACGACGCCGACGGCCGAUACGCCGGGCACGACCGUCGUCCUACAUUUCCCGGAGAAACGGUAUUUCUUUGGCCAGAUCUCAGAGGGGACCCAGCGGGCCUGUACGGAGCGCGGUGUCAAGCUAUCCUACCUUACGGAUAUCUUUCUGACGGGACGGACGGAAUGGGCGAAUAAUGGCGGGUUGAUUGGUGUGAUUCUCACUCUGGCGGAUGGGCUAGCGAGCGCCGCGAAUGCGUUGGAGCUUACUGCGCGUGAGAAGGAGGCCAAGGGCCGUGGUGGUCAGCCUGUUAAACAGCAAUCGCAGCAGCAGGACGGGCAGGCUGACAGGGGCACGUUGACGAUUCAUGGUGGCCGAAAUCUGACGCACACCCUAGCCACUGCGCGGAGGUUUGUUUUCCGUAAGGGCAUGCCGGUUUUCACGAGGGAGUACGACUCGGAGAGUCUGUCCAAGGCUGGUUCUCAGGCACGCGCCGCUGAUCCCUUUGAGCAGCCGACCUGGUCGGACAGGAACAUCAAAGUGUGGGCCAUGCCCAUCCGCCCCUCGCCGUUGCAGCGGUCGAGAAGGACAUCUCCUCAAGCCGGGCCUCGGAGUCCGAGAAAGAGGAGCUUGGACGAGUUCCAGGAGCGCGACGCUGACAAGCCUGUUCUGGACCAGCGGGCUCGGGACCAGAUCAUGAGGCAAUCGGUCAUCUCCGACAUGUUUAAUUCGUCGUGGAGGAUGGAUGCUCUCGUCGAGACUCCUUUGGCAGAAGUCAAAAUGCCUGCGGUCAUGUUCGUGCGGGAUCCCGAAACCAAAGACCUCAAGCCGUACCAUGGCCCUGCUCCUGGAAGCGACAAGCCACUUCCUGACAUCAAGGUGCUCGUGCGUCAACCCUGGCCUGGAGCCAGUGUGGAGAAACUGCCACCCACGACACGGUGCGAUGAGGCGGUGUCUUAUAUCGUGCGCAACCACGAUCUUAGAGGCAAGUUCGACCCACAAAAGGCGAAAGAGCUGAACGUUCGCGCCGGUCCCAACUAUGCGCGCCUGACGAAGGGCGAGAAUGUGCUGUCUGAGGACGGAAAGACCGUCACUCCGGAUAUGGUCUUGGGUCCACCACGACUCGGGAAGGGGUUGGCAAUCAUCGAUCUGCCUACUUCUGACUACGUAGAUGAUUUGGUUGACCGGCCGGAAUGGAACUCGGCCGCUGUCACCACGGGGCUAGAGGCCUUCCUGUGGAUUCUAGGACCUGGUGUGGGCGACCAUCCUCGCCUCCGCGAGUUUGUCGCUCGCAUGUCGCACUGCAAACACACCGUCUCCAGUACGGAUUACUGUCCCAACUACUUGGCACUGAGUAGCGUGGCAGGGUCCUCGAUCCGGCUGGCUAGAUUGCGCGGCGAGAAUUAUCCCGUCCCGGUUCAUGAUAAUAAGACCCUGCCACAGCCAGGUACUCCUACGUGCGAAUCGGAGACAACCAAGGAAAUGAUCCGCAACUCGCCAUUCGAACCGAUAAAACCCGGCCUGGUCAUCGACAUGGAACCCAAGUUCGAGCUUAAUCGCUCAGAGGUCGUGCCACUCUUCAACCCUGCCGAGACCGUGCUGAAGAUCCCUCGCUCCAUCGAGCAGCGUGUGACUGCCAUCCGUAGGCGGGUUAUGAACCCCCAAUUUCAAGAGAAACUAGCCGAGUUCCGUAAAGGCCUUCCUGGGGCCAAUGUGGAGAUUGUAACUCUGGGAACUGGCUCGUCCUCGCCGUCCAAGUACCGCAACGUCUCCAGCACUCUCGUCAAUGUGCCUGGGGUGGGAUCGUAUCUGCUUGAUUGUGGUGAGAACACCAUCGGCCAGCUCAAGCGGAUGUACGAACCGAAGAAGUUGCAAGAGGUGCUGCAGAACCUUCGGCUGAUCUGGAUCAGCCAUCUCCACGCCGAUCAUCAUCUUGGCACUGCCUCCGUCAUCAAGGCGUGGUUCCAUGCGAACUACCCGAACGGCGUACCUCGAGCAGGCAAUGUCGAGACCGACAUGCGCAAGAUUCUCCAAGAAAAACGCCUGUUUGUCGUGUCCGAGGAGAUGAUGGUCGGCUGGCUCGAGGAGUUUGCCGGCGUAGAGGAUUACGGUUUUGGAAAGCUAGUGCCUCUGGCCGCCCAUCCCAGCUACAUCAACCCAGACACUAAGAUCAAGACCAAAUUCACCUACCGUCACUGCCGUGACGAUGGCUCCUACCCCGGGUGGGAAGCCGACGGGAGCCGGCCUCAGACGUCCACGCUCGACUUCAACGACGGUUCCUCGCCGUUGACCCCGCUCCUGCGUCAGGCCACCGGACUCGCCGAUAUCCUCACAACGAGGGUCUCGCACUGUCGUGGAGCCAUGGCCGUCUCCCUCGUCUUCCCAGACGGCUUCAAGCUCUCCUUCUCCGGCGACUGCCGCCCCUCCGCCAACUUCGCCACCAUCGGCCGCGACUCAACCGUGCUCAUCCACGAAGCCACGUUCCAAGACGACAUGGCCGUCUCCGCCAUCGCAAAGAAACACUCCACCACCUCCGAAGCUCUCGAAGUCGGCCGCCUGAUGCAAGCCCGCACCGUCGUUCUCACCCACUUCAGCCAGCGGUACCAGAAAGUCGCACACGUCGACCACGGCGCUGGCCCCGCCCCAGCAAAACCAGACCCCGAACCCAAGCCCGCUCCAAUGGUCCGCGAGGACCUCGACGUGCCCGACGACGAACCCGCCCCUGAACCCGAGUCCUCCACCCUUACCGUCGCCCCCGCGGAAAACAAACCACCUCUCCAAGCCCCCGUCACCGCCGCGUUCGACUACAUGCGCAUCCGCGUCGGCGACAUCCCCAUCGCGCAGGCCUUCGCCCCCGCCAUCGAGAAACUCUUCGAUAUCCUCGAGCGCGCCUCAGCAGUCGAAGCAAACAAACAGAAGAAGAUUCGCGAAGCGGCCGACGCCCUGGCGAAGGAGAAGAAGCAAAAACAAAAGAAGAAGGGGGCUGCUGAGCCUGAGCCUGCUCCCUCUGCCACUCCCGCUGCCGGCGAGGCCAUGGAUACCGACCAGGGUCGGUCUCUGUGGAGCGCCAGCGAAAGCGAGAGCGGAUGGGGCUCGAACGAUGACGAGUGGAUGGAUCGGUUUUGGCGUGGGAAGCACAGUCGCAGUCGGAGUCAUAGUAGGAGUAAGCCUCGGGGCGGACGGCGCUCGAGCCCGAGUAUUCGGACGAAGAGCGGUGAUGCCGUUUAG